AUGAGGGUUAUCCUUGGCAAUAGUGGCGGCCAAGAAGAGGUUGAUGUCGAAGUUAGUGCUGAAGCAGCGAGGUUCAAGAUGAAUAGUAACUCAAAUAGUCAGCGAAUGGAUGGUGAUUUUGAUGAUGAAGAGGCUGUCAAAAGAAUGUGUGUUGGGGCUACAUUUUCAGUCAUGGUUAUAAUUUUCAUAUUUUUUAGGAGAAUUAAAUGUCGACGUAGAUCAAUACGGUCUGCCCCAAGUGAUGAGAAGUUGCAGAGGGAAAGAUCUAGGGCUGAAUUGAUGCGUCGUAUAUUUCACGGUUAUAGUGAUAGCUGUCAAAACUUUGUUAGAAUGAGGCCGGGUGCAUUUAUGAAACUAGCAUCGUUAAUGAGGAAACAACAACUCUUAAAGGACUCAAGGAAUAUAACUGUAGAGGAGCAACUUGCCAUAACUUUGAAUAUUUUGGGACAUAAAUCCAAAAAUCGUAUGAUGAGAACACAAUUCAUAAGGUCAGGGGAUACAAUCAGUAAGUACUUCAAUAGAGUAUUGCAGGCUAUUUCGGGCAUACAAGGUCGAUUUAUGAAACAAGCUCCGAAUGAAGUACCUCAAGAGAUCCUAAGCAACCCAUCAUUUUACCCGUUUUUCAAGGAUUGCAUAGGUAUGAUAGAUGGGACACAUGUGGAUGCUAUGCUACCUGCUGCAAUUGUUUCGUGUUUCAGAGGGCGCAAAGGUGUCACACAAAAUAUUCUCGCGGCUUGUACACCAAACAAACAGUUCACUUAUGUUUUAGCUGGGUGGGAGGGGUCGGCUAACGACUAUAGAAUCCUUCAAGAUGCUCUGUCUAGACCACAACCAUAUGGCUUACGGGUGUACAUUGGAAAAUAUUACUUGUGUGAUGCGGGCUACACAACCCAGCCAGGUUUCAUAUCCCCAUAUCGUGGUGUUCGUUAUCAUCUAAAGGAAUUUAUGGGAAGAACACCUCAAAAUAGGAGGGAGCUAUUCAAUCUUAGACAUUCAUCUUUGAGGUCAAAGAUUGAAGCUACCUUUGGUAUAUUGAAGAAUCGUUUCAAGAUUCUCACUGCGAAACCCCACUACCCUUUCCCCACACAAGUUGACAUCGUUCUGGCUUGCACUGUUCUCCAUAACUACAUUACAACUGUCGAUCCCGAAGAUGAAUUACUCAAUGAGACAAUUGACAUUGAAGAAGAGGACGUGGCCGAGGAAAUUUCUGAAGACACCAACGUUAUGGAUUUCACACAAUCCCAAACAGUAAGAGAACAAAAUAGCUCAAAGGAUGAGUGGAGGUCUCGGAGAGAUGAAAUUGCAUUGGACAUGUGGACAGAUUACUGUAGGAGAUAUCGGCAUGGUGACACUCACGAGUCUGCCUUGUGA